GUUUAUAAUACAGCAGCACAGUGACUCGCAGUUUACUCACUGUGGAAAAAUGGCCGGACAGUGGAAGACUGUAGCUUGCCUCUUAGGCUUCAUGUGUGCGAUCGGUGCUGUGGCAUCAGCCCGGGACGGUGGUGGGCCUCCACGCGGGAGGAUGACUGGAGGCCUCAGACCUGCAAAUACCAACAAUGCACAAGUCGCAAGCAUGCUGGAUUUCGCUGUUUCUGAGCACAACAAAAAAUCCAAUGAUAUGUACUUCCACAAAGUCUCCAGGAUUGUCAGCGCUCACACUCAGGUGGUAGCUGGAUUAAAGUAUUACAUAGAAGCUGAGAUUGAACGUACCACCUGCAAAAAAGGAAGCGGAAUGGUAGAAAACACAUUGGAUGAAUGCGCUACCCAUGAUAAUCCCGAGCUGUCAAAGAAACUAACCUGCACAUUUGAAAUUUGGACUCGCCCUUGGAUCCCACUCAUUACCCUUGAGAAAGAAAAAUGCUUGUGAGCAACAGCGGUGACAACUUCUGCUUCUUGCAUCAAGUAGACAAAGAUUAUUUUUAAAUGUACUAAAAUUAAAAGAGUGAUCUGACAGCAUUAAUAAACUUUGGAAUUCUUUAUUCAGACUAAUCUCUUUCGUAAAUCGUAAGGCUCAUUCUUAUAUUAAAUGGCACUUUAAACAGUAUUAUUUGUGCACUAAAUCUUGGCUUUUUAAAAUAAAAUUUUCAUUCUUACAAUCUUA